CCCGCAGAUAGGAGUGCGAAGCGAAGAGUUGGAGAAAUUUGACCCUGCAAACAUCCAUCCAACCCAAAACAAACAAACUCACAGCUGAUUUUCUUGGACUUCGGAGUAAAACUGACAGACUCGAUUGAGUACUUUGGAAUGUGAAAGACACCCAGUCUUAAGGGUUGUGUUCGUGUUUCCCUAAAAAGAUAGGGUGGAGAGGCCAUAAAAUGGAUGUCAGUACAGCAAAAUUGGCGGCUCUUUGGAGCUUACUGCUUCUAACGUUGAUUUUCUGUAUGCUGCCGAUAUGGCUGUUGUGGUCUGUUAGACAUACUGUUGACCAGGCACGAAAAGCAAAGUAUGCCCGAGUUGUCAGCUUGCUAAGCUGCUUUGCGGGUGGAGUAUUCAUGGCAACUGGCCUACUUCAUUUAUUUCCUGAAGUUGAUGAGGCACUUAACAAGGCUUCUUGGGGUCAUGGCUUUCCUGUGGCUGGUUUUCUUACCGCCUUUGGGUUUUUCCUUGUUCUUACAAUGGAACAAAUUGUUCUUGAUUACAAGGAAAGUGCGAAUGUCAGAGAUAUAUCUCACAACAGAUCUAGCGAAGAAGACAGUGAUGUUAAUCAAGUCAGGCGACGGGGAGGCUCAGUUGUUGGUGUGAGAGAUCACCCCCUCACAACCAGUAUUGAUGGCCGCUCCCUUGAUUCGGUGGCUUCAGUUGAUGCAGACCCUCACUCAACAUUCCGUUCAGUUCUGCUCACUGCAGCACUAUCACUACACUCAGUAUUUGAAGGCUUAGCAAUUGGUCUACAGCCUGAUGUUGAUAGUGUAAUGCAGUUCCUCUUAGCAGUUGGUCUUCACAAAGCAGUCAUUGCAUUUGGAUUAGGCUUAAAUUUGGCCCAAAGCAGGCUUUCCUUGUGGUCAUGCAUCAGGUCCAAUCUCAUAUUUUCAGUAGCUUCACCUAUAGGUAUAGCUAUUGGUCUGGGCAUUGAAGAUUUUGGCCAUUCUGUUGAUGAGUCUGCUGUCAAUGGGAUUCUUCAGGGGCUUGCCUGUGGAACAUUUUUCUAUGUAACCUUCUUUGAAGUUUUGCCUCAUGAACUUAAUCAAGGUGGAGACCGUCUUCUGAAACUUCUUGCCAUUCUUAUUGGAUUUUCUGUGAUCUGUGGUGUGAUGUUCCUGGAUCCAGAUGCUUCUCCAGAUGGAGGGUCCUGCCCUCGAAUCACUUAAGUACUGAAAAUACUCAUUUGAAUAUUCCCAAACUUUUGUCAAUGUUUGAAGAAAUAUGUUUUGGUUUUGCUGUCAUGACGUUUUGCCAGAGAUACAUUGUACUAUAAUCUAGACUGAUAUCAUGUGAUACAUAUUCCAUUAAGAAGUGGUCUGACUUGGAUUUGCCUAUAAGUGGCACUUUGAAGUGGGAUCGCUCUAUCCUAAUUUUUUAUGAAUAUGAAACAAAUUUGUAAAUGUUUUCUACUAAAGGAUUAUAUUAUAUAACUAUCUUGAAUCGAGA